AUGGACGAUCCUGGCGAAUCCCAAAUCUUCCUCCCAACGCGUCACGUACAUAAGCCAACGACACACAACCAACUCCAUCCCUACGAUGCAGUCAGUGUAACGCCGCCUUUCUGCACAUGCGCCAUGGCAGCUUCGGCGAUUCCGCAAGAUCUAAUUGAUCCGCUGCAUCCCACGCAGACACACGAGCUUGGCUCCGACCAGUCGCAGUCGCACAGCUCCGAGUCAAACCCAUCUGAUUCAGGAUCGCUGCAAAGAGCUCUUGCCGGUGACGACAAUGCUCUGGUUCCAAUGCACUAUCCAGCCCUAAAAGAGGCAUUCCUAACGUCCCUCGAAGAAAAGAAAGAUGUUAUCGAGGCAACAGUUCGGCACCACCUGCGCGUUCGGAGUUGUCACCUCGGUGCCCGCGAGGUCUGGAAAUCUGGCUCUUUCAACGUCGUUCUUCCGGUCCAUAUUUCAGCCGGCUGGUCUGUCUUCAUGCGUAUCCCAUUCCCGUACCGGAUUGGCGAAGACCAGUGCCCAGGGAACGUUGAAGAAAAGCUCCGCACCGAGAUUGCCACCUAUAUCUGGCUACGUGAAAAUUGUCCGGAUAUCCCAAUCCCCGAAUUGCACGCCUUUGGGCUGCCAGACGGGUCAGCGUUCUCACAUCCACUCCACACACCUCUCUGGGAACGAACUUGGUGGGCGUUGAAGCGGUAUGCUUGCCUGCUACUCGGGCGCCCGGUACCCGUCCAUCAUGUUAAACGAACAAGUCGUCACUCAAUCAACCCUGGCUUUUUACUCAUAAGCGAAGCGCGCGGCAAAAAGCUAGCCUGGUCGUGGCUAGAUCACUUCCAAGACAAGGCAUACCAAGACCGGUUGUUCCGCAGCCUUGCGCGUAUAUCACUCUCGCUGAACUCGGCUCCCUUGGCGCGCAUUGGAUCAUUAAAGCUUCAGCCGGACGCAUCCAUUGCCCUGUCUAACCGUCCGCUUAGCCUCUAUUUUCAGAUGUUGGAGAACGAGGGCAUUCCAACAGGUAUCCCGCGCCAUCGUACAUACGCCCAAGUCGAAUCUUACCUCUCAGAUCUUCUCUCCUUCCAGGAUAACAAACUUCGUCAUCAACCCAACGCAGUGCAUGAUCAAGAGGAUGGCGAGAGACAGCUCGCUGCCCUCACCGCCCUGCGCGCCACAAUGCACCACUUUGUCCGGCCAGAGCAUCGCGAUGGACCAUUCUUCCUUCAUCUUACAGUUUUACACCAGCAAAACAUCUUUGUUGACCAAGAUUGGAAUAUUCAGACAAUCAUCGAUCUUGAGUGGGCGCACACCGUGCCUUUAGAGAUGCAGCUUCCCCCAUACUGGCUUUCGUCAAGGAUAUCAGUCGACAGUUUUGAAGACCAGGCCGCCAUUACCGACUAUGAGGCUGUGCUAGAAGAAUAUUGGGCAAUUUACGAGGCCGAGGAGAGGAAGCGCAACGGUACCGUCGUCCAGGUACCACUUCAGCGUGACAUGUGGGCAAGAGGGAGCUUUUGGUACUUUCAUGCCGUCAGGAUACCAAAGGGCAUGUACACGCUGUUCAAUAGGCAUAUCCAGCCGCUAUUUAACAAGGAGCAUCCCGAAAAGCAAAUAUUCGAUAAUGUCUUUUAUUGGUAUUGGGGAUUUAGCGCACAGGAUUUGAUAGACAAGAAGCUCAGAGACAAGAAUGAGUACAUAGCCAACGUAAGAGAGGCUUUCGCGGAAGACUCAUGA